AUGUCAACCGCACCUCAAGAAUGGUACAACAACGAGCAUGCACCUGCUCGUUUGACCGUACCUGGGUACAUCACUGCAACUCGAUAUCAAGCGACAGAUUCCCAAAAACCUACCUAUCUCACCGUAUACGAUAUCUCAAGCCCUGACGUCGCAGACAGCCCCGAGUACCAGGCACUCAAACACAAGGCUUCAGACAAUGAGAAGGACAUUUUGCCGAAGGUUCAGUUUCUCAGCCGUAGGAUUUACCAAACGAUUGGUGUUUUUACCCAUCCGGCCUCUGUUUCGACAUUCCCUGGGAAAUACGUCUUGACAGCUGAGCUUGAAGUGAAGCCAGAAUUCGAAGAGGAAUUCAACAAAUGGUACAACGAGGAGCACAUGGGGUUGUUGGAAAAAGUUCCUGGUUGGCUAAGAGGUAGACGUUAUUCCCUGGUGACGUCGGCCGGCCGUGGAGGAGCCGUCGGAAAGCCCGUCUUUAAGUAUCUGGCCGUCCAUGAUUUCGACAAUGGUAAUUACUUGAAGACCCCAGAAUGGGCAGCGGCAACUGACACACCUUGGCGAACGAAGGUCACGGAGGGUGUUCUUCUCAUGGAGGUCCGUCAAUUCGAACUGAACAAAAUAAUGGAAAAACCUUUAUAG